UGUGCGUCUCCACGUCGCUGCAUGUCAACAUGGUCGAGGGGAGAACUGGAGCCACGAGUUGAUGUGGCAGUCAGGACCGCCGCUCACGCUCCCUGAACUUGAACUCUGAAUUCCGGGUAAUUCGUUUCCAGAGCGGGUUUUCAGUUGCGUGAGGUCACCAUGUUGCUCCAGAGACUGUCUCUGUGUCCUCGGCUCAUGUUGGGCCCAAAAACCCUACAGACGAGAUCUGUUUCACAGGGAAAGAAUCCCUCUACCUCUCCAUAUUUCAGACUCCAUCCUGUGCGUCAAUGGAGUAACGUGCCUUUUCUUACAGUGCCUCUGGCUCGUGCCCAUGGUAAGUCGUUCGCCCACCGCAGCGAGCUGCGCCAAGCCAAAAGGAUUGUGGUGAAGCUGGGCAGUGCUGUGGUAACUCGAGGUGAUGAGUGUGGCCUUGCUCUUGGCAGGCUUGCCUCCAUUGUUGAACAGGUGGCAAUGCUACAGAAUCAGGGAAGAGAAAUGAUGAUUGUCACAAGUGGAGCUGUGGCAUUUGGGAAGCAGAGGCUGCGGCAUGAAAUUCUCCUCUCUCAGAGUGUCAGACAAGCUCUUCACUCCGGACAGAAUCAGCUUAAAGAUAUGUCUCUGCCUGUUUUGGAGGCGAGAGCAUGUGCUGCUGCAGGCCAGAGCGGCCUGAUGGCUUUGUAUGAGGCCAUGUUCACUCAGUACAGCACCUGCACAGCACAGAUCUUGGUGACAAACUUGGACUUCCAUGACGACCAGAAGAGACGAAAUCUUAACAGCACCUUGCACGAGCUGCUGCGUAUGAACAUCGUACCCAUCAUCAACACCAAUGAUGCCGUGGUGCCUCCUCCAGAGCCCAACAGUGAUCUCCAGGGGGUAAACGUCAUAAGCAUCAAGGACAAUGACAGUUUGGCGGCUCGGCUAGCAGUGGAGAUGAGAGUGGACCUCCUCAUUGCUCUUUCUGAUGUAGAAGGCCUUUAUGACAGCCCUCCUGGAACAGAUGAUGCCAAACUGCUGGAUACUUUCUACCCUGGUGACCAGCAGUCAAUAACCUAUGGCACGAAAUCCAGGGUUGGCAUUGGGGGAAUGGAAGCUAAGGUGAAAGCUGCUCUUUGGGCUCUGCAGGGUGGCACUUCUGUGGUCAUUGCUAAUGGCACCCACCCCAAAGUCACAGGCCAUGUCAUCACUGAUAUUGUAGAGGGCAAGAAGGUGGGCACCUUCUUUUCGGAAGUCAAACCUGCUGGUCCCACUGUGGAGCAGCAGACUGAAAUGGCUCGCACUGCAGGGAGGACACUGGCUUCUUUACUUCCAGAGCAGAGGAGUGAAAUCAUUUAUGCUAUGGCUGACCUUCUGACUGAGAAGAGAGAAGAAAUUCUGUCUGCUAACAAGAAAGACAUGGAGCUUGCUUUGAAUUCUGGACGUAUGCCUGCUGUCAUGCUAAAGCGUCUGAGCUUGUCUUCGUCUAAGCUGAACAGUCUAGCAAUCGGCCUUCGGCAGAUCGCUGUGUCUUCUCAGGACAGUGUAGGAAGAGUCCUGCGCAGGACCCGUGUGGCCAACAACCUGGAGCUAGAGCAGAUCACUGUUCCCAUUGGAGUUCUGCUUGUCAUUUUCGAAUCCCGCCCAGACUGCCUGCCUCAGGUGUCUGCAUUAGCUAUUGCUAGUGGGAAUGCUCUACUGCUAAAGGGUGGCAAAGAAGCAGCAAACACGAACCGCAUCUUACAUGAAGUGGCCCAGGAAGCUCUGUCCAUGCAUGGUGUCAAAGAUGCAAUACAGCUGGUGAGCACACGAGAGGAGGUGGAAGAUCUGUGUCGCCUGGAAAAAAUGAUUGAUCUGAUCAUCCCUCGUGGCUCAUCUCAACUGGUCAGGGAUAUCCAGCGUGCUGCUAAGGGCAUUCCUGUGCUGGGACACAGUGAGGGCAUUUGUCACGUUUAUGUCGACCAUGAAGCCAGCAUUGAUAAAGUCAUCAAGAUCGUGAGAGACUCAAAAUGUGACUACCCUGCAGCCUGCAAUGCUAUGGAAACCCUGCUGGUUCACAGAGAUGUGCUCCGGACCCCACUUUUUGACCAGAUUAUUGACAUGCUGAGGACAGAACAAGUGAAAAUUCAUGCUGGUCCCAGGUUUGCAUCAUACCUGACAUUCAGCCCUUCAGAGGUGAAAUCUCUGCGUACAGAGUAUGGGGAUUUGGAAUGCUGCAUCGAGGUAGUGGACAGCAUGCAGGAAGCUGUAGAUCACAUUCAUAAAUAUGGCAGCUCCCACACUGAUGUCAUCAUCACUGAGAAUGAAGAGACAGCUGAGCAGUUUCUGCAGUUGGUGGACAGUGCCUGUGUUUUUUGGAAUGCUAGCUCACGGUUUGCUGAUGGAUAUCGCUUUGGCCUUGGUGCGGAGGUUGGAAUCAGCACUGCUCGUAUUCAUGCCCGCGGUCCUGUGGGACUGGAGGGACUGCUCACUACUAAAUGGGUUCUGCGGGGAGAUGGCCAAACUGCUGCAGAUUUCUCUGAGCAGGGCAGUAUGAAGUUCCUGCACGAGAACCUCCCAAUUGCACAGCCCCUGACUGGACAAAGAACAUCCAAUUAGCCACUCAAAAAAAAAAAAAAAAAACAUUUUAAAUUUUUAUAUAGUGACUGCCCAAAGCAUCCACUUCUCAGAGGAGCCCCUGCUUGGCCUGUGAAGUUAAUGGGAAUACAAUAGCAUCUGUUGUAAGGUUACAGAUAAUAGCGGCACAAACACAUAUGCAUUAAUUUAUAUUUUCCUUCUACCUCAAAUUGUUAAUGGGCCUAGUUCAUCACUUAUUUAACCAACCAGCCAAUGAGGAUCACAUCUUAUAUCUGUCUGUUCAUCAGAUCCUGUGGAAAUCAUUUAUUGUUAAGUCAGUUAGGCUGAAUGUGGCUCACUGCUCUUGGUAUGUGACAAUUGUGUCCUUCUGUAUUUCGACCAUUAUUCCACAUAGGGUUUGAGGAUCCAGGCAUUUUGCCCUAUUGCUGAGCCUCUAAGCAUUUGAUGCAUUAUUUAUCCAUAUUUCUGCUCCUUAUUGAUUCCAAAAAACACACCAUUUAGGUUUAUGGCCUAUAGCAUUAAUGUUCAGUUGUAUCACCCACUCCCAAGUGAAAUUCACAGGGCAUAUCAUCAUGACUGUUGCCAAUAUGAUUUGUAGUGGAAGUGUGCUUUGAAGAAAAAGUAUUUAUACAUGUUUGCAUUGUCUUUAUGCCGAGCUACCCUGUGAUGAGCAGCUGAAAGCAAAAAUAACAAAAAGGAACUUUAAAUGGUAUGCUCAGCUCCUGUGUUCAAAACCUGAAUUUCUGUCUCACAUUGGGUAGAGUGGACAACUGCCAAAAUGUGCAACCAUCAAAAAAACAUCAACCUGCAAAAGUCAGAAGUUGUUUUAUUAUGACAAUUUCUAAUUUAAUAAAAGAAGAAAGCUGUGUUUUUGAAACAGGAACCAGAUUUCCUGUGCAAAAUACAUCAGGUACCUCUUUUUAUCAGUACACUACACAUUUAAAAUAGGAUUCAAUGGAAAAAGAAAGCUAAACAAAACCUUUUUUUUUUUGUUUUUCCUUUUGCUGUCUGAAAGUACAUACAGCUCCAGAUUUGGUGUCUACUGCUGGAGAGUUAUGUGAAAGUGCUGUAACAUUCCAAAAAAGCUGUUUUUGGUGAUGAGCAGUGUACGCUAAAGCUGUGCAGUCAUUUUGUAUUAUCUCUGCAUUGUACAAUAAAUGUUUUCCAGAAUA